CCUGGCACCCUGGUUUGUGAUGAUUUGCGCCCCCUGCACAUGCGCAACUUCCGCCGAAGGCUUCCAUCGUUCAAGACUCGUCCACCCGUCUCUACUCGGUACAGGUUAUCCAUCGACUCUUCUAUCCGCUGUACAGCCUUUCUCCCUGCGAUUCGUUACCUUUCCUGCCUAAUAUAAUACGCCGACACCAUGGCUGCUGCUGAAGGGAUCCCCGAGAAGAAGGUGAAGUUGGAGCCCCAGAUCAAAUCUGUCGAUAUGAGCGAGGACAUGCAACAAGAGGCAAUCGAAGUUGCACAGGAGGCAAUGGAGAAAUUCAGCGUCGAGAAGGACAUUGCUCAACACAUUAAGCGAGAGUUUGACUCCAAAAAGGGGGCCACAUGGCAUUGCAUAGUCGGCCGAAAUUUCGGAAGUUUUGUCACUCACGAGACGAAACACUUCAUCUACUUCUACCUGGGACAUGUCGCCAUACUGUUGUUCAAGACGCAAUGAUUGAAUCCAUCUUUCUGCAUUGGGCGUCACGGAAAAGUCUCACGGCAUUGGAGAUAAGGCUUCGGGCGCUCCCUUAAACAAAAAUGGUGACGGUGUAGAUAUGGGUUUCCGGAAAGAGAGCGGAUGUUCGACGUGCUCUAGAGCAUGUUGUAUAUACAAUGGAGAGGACAGGUUCUGGAUGAUCCUUUACCGACAAGUGCACAUUGGCACGAUGUGGUUGAAUGCGACCAAUGUUCUUCCUCCCAGUUUUCCUCCCUCUUGCUCUAUGCCGGUCGCUGGGACGCUCUUCCUGCCGGUAAUGAACUCUUAGAGCAUCUGCAGGAAACCGGGCACAAUCAACAGGAACAAACCCGACAUACAACUGAGUGGUCAGGAUCAGGAGAUUGAGGAGCGUGCCGAUCCUUCCUCAGUCAUGCCCUACUGCCAUUUGGAUUCCGGUUGAUCGAAAUGUUGCACAUUGUAUUUGGAGAUGGACGGGAAGCGGAUAUAAAACACGUAGAUUCGAGCCCAUUUUCAUUCUUGCUCCGCUAAGACUGCCAUGAGGGAAGAUACAAACUAAGAAACGACUGGCCAGGAAGUUCCUUGCACCGUGGAACUGGUCUGUACCACGAGCGAAUACCUCUAGCAGGCAACCCUUGGGCGCCCAGCGAUGGCGUCAACUGCGCCACCUCCGGAAGCGCCAUCACACCAUCGCCGCUCUUGGGACAUCAAUAGCAGUAGCCGCAACAUGGCCGCCAAUGUAGUGCAAAUCUUCAAUCGC